AUGGCCUGGCUGGAGGCUUUACCCUACGUUUGUGGAUGGCUGAUUCUCCGCAGCUGUCUCCUGGUCGGAGCGCAGCUGGAUUCUGAUGGCAUUAUCACUUUAGAAGAGCAGAUCGUUCUUGUUAUGAAAGCUAAAGUGCAGUGUGAACUCAACAUCACCACUCAACUCCAAGAAGGAGAAGGCAAUUGCUUCCCAGAAUGGGAUGGACUUAUUUGUUGGCCUAGAGGAACAGUGGGGAAAAUAUCAGCUGUGCCAUGCCCUCCUUAUAUUUAUGACUUCAAUCAUAAAGGAGUUGCUUUCCGGCACUGUACCCCCAACGGAACGUGGGAUUUCAUUCACAGCUCAAAUAAAACAUGGGCUAAUUAUUCAGACUGCUUUCUGCAGCCAGAUAUCAGCAUAGGAAAGCAAGAGUUCUUUGAAAGCCUCUAUGUCCUGUAUACUGUUGGCUACUCUAUUUCUUUUGGCUCCUUGGCUGUGGCCAUUCUAAUCAUUGGCUACUUCAGACGAUUGCACUGCACUAGGAACUAUAUCCACCUGCACUUGUUUGUGUCCUUCAUGCUAAGAGCUGUGAGCAUCUUUGUCAAGGACAGAGUGGCCCAGGCUCACCUUGGAAUAGAGGCGCUGCAGUCUUUGGUGAUGCAGGGUGACCUUCAGAACUUCAUCAGAGGACCGGCUGUGGACAAAUCUCAGUAUGUUGGGUGCAAGAUCACCGUUGUGAUGUUUGUUUACUUCUUGGCUACAAACUAUUAUUGGAUCCUGGUGGAAGGGCUCUACCUACAUAACUUAAUCUUUGUGUCUUUCUUUUCGGACACCAAAUACCUGUGGGGCUUCAUCUUGAUAGGCUGGGGAUUUCCAGCGGUGUUUGUUGUCGCUUGGGCGGUGGUCCGGGCCACUCUGGCAGAUACCAGGUGUUGGGAACUUAGUGCUGGAGACCGGUGGAUUUACCAGGCUCCAAUCUUAGCUGCUAUUGGGCUGAAUUUUAUUAUGUUCCUGAAUACAGUUAGAGUUCUCGCUACCAAGAUUUGGGAGACCAAUGCAGUUGGGCACGACAUGAGGAAACAGUACAGGAAACUGGCUAAGUCAACGCUGGUCCUGGUGCUGGUGUUCGGUGUGCAUUACAUCGUGUUCAUCUGCCAGCCGCACUCCUUCUCCGGGCUCUGGUGGGAGAUCCGCAUGCACUGUGAGCUCUUCUUCAACUCCUUCCAGGGUUUCUUUGUGUCUAUCGUCUACUGUUACUGCAAUGGAGAGGUGCAGGCUGAGAUGAAGAAGAUGUGGACUCGGUGGAACCUUUCCAUCGACUGGAAAAGCACGCCACCUUGUGGUGGCCACAGGUACGGCUCAGUGCUCACCACUGUCACUCACAGCACGAGCAGCCAGUCACAGAUGGGGGCAAGCACCCGACUGGUGCUCUUCUCUGGCAAACCCACCAAGAAUGUCAGCAGACAGAUCGAAAGCCAUGUGACUCUGCCUGGCUAUGUCUGGAGUAAUUCCGACCAGGACUGUCAGCCGCACUCCACCCCCGAGGAGACUGAAGAAGGUCUUGGCAGGCAGGGAGACGAUACUCCAGUAGGGGGGUCUUCCAGGCCGGUGGCGUUCAUCUUAGACUCUGAAGGAUGCAAAAGACAAACCGAGCGUUUCUGA